AUGCUCUCAUCACAAACAACGGUGCUGCUCAUAAUAGUAGCUGAGGUGUUGAGCUUUGUCGUUCUCCUAGGCCUACUGGUCAUUCUAUAUCGCAUCCUCAUUACACGGUAUAAAGAGAAGAAAGGAUCUACUCCACGAGAUAUUGAAGCAUCUCCCGCUCCAAUUACAGCUACCACUACACCAUCACCAGCACUGUCACUACUAGACAAGGAACUCCUCUAUUUCCACCCAGCACUACGGAUUAACACAAAUGUCAACAACAACAACAAUAAUUCACCACCAGUGCUACAAUCGACAAUCACCAAGCCCAGUGCUACUGCAAACCCUACCAACAAGCCAUCAUACAAUCCACCAGAACCAUUUCAGUCUGCUAGCGCGCAACUACAAUAUAAAUAUCUUCUUUCGCGCCUGCACACCCGCCCUCAGAGGACACAGGCUCUUCGAUCAGAGUCUGUUCCUCGCCAUUACUCGUCUCAGGUUCCUAGACCUCUUAGACCGAUCCAGACUACUCUGCUGCCACCUAAGAAGCCUAUGCCCGUUAUCCAAGAGUCUGUGGCUAGGGGAAGUGUGAAUGUGGUCUCCCCUUGUUCGGAUGCCGUUCGAUCUCCUGCUUCGGCCGAUAGGAUGAGUUGA